CACGACGCUCUGUACAAAGAUGAACUGCACACAUUGAAAAAAGAUAGGGAUGUAUACUUUCGUCUAAGUUGAGGUAAGAGCAUAGUAAAAUAUUGAAAAACGAUAAUGUUUUCCUUUAAUAAUCAACACCCCAAAAUGAUGUACUGUAGCAUGUUUACCAACCUUUCCUUAAAUGACGGACAACUUCUAUUUUCUUUCAAUAGCUCGUGCAUUGGCUAAAUCCUAAUGGACUGUAAGAAUUUUUUUCUUUGAUGUUACAAGACACAUUGUCUGAUAUGACAUUAAUUACUAUUUUCUUUCUUCUCAGUGUACAUCAAUGCCUACUUUUCUGGAUCAAAUGAAGGAGAUUGUGCCAAGGGCACUGCCGAAUAUUCCAGAAUCUAUCCAAAACACUAUAAUUGAUAGAAUUGUAAAUACAGGCGGCUUUACAUCAACACAAGAACUCAGAUAUGUAAAGGAGGACGACUUUGCAGACUUACUGCCUCUUGUUAGACGACGACAACUUGUGGAAGUAUUCCAAAUAGAGAGUAAAGUGAUCACAGUAAAUCUUGAAAUCGUCCCAUCCUCCACCACUGAAGUCAGCAGCAACUGUCUAUCAAUCAUCAGUCUAUCUGGAAUUGACGACAGCCCAAGUGCCUCCCAGCCUGUAAGGAAAUCAUGGCCAGAGUCUUUUAAGGUGCCAUGGGACAUUAUGCCUGCGGAGAUUCGCACUGCCAUUUCAUCUUGUAAGAGACCCUCACCAGGUGCACGACGGCAGAUGGUCAGGAUAAUAGCUGAUGAGAUGAGGAAGUGUGAGCUGAAUCCAACAAGAGCGCAGUGCCUUGUAAUUUGCCGGAACAUUGUUCAUCAGUACCCAGAAAGUUUUGCCGAUCAGCGAGACAAUGGACAGCUUCUAGAUAGUGGAUACACAUCUUUGCUGAUUCAAGUGAAAAAUCGCAUCGAAAAUCUGAACCGUGCAAGCAGUUUUCAUCAGCACCGUUCAGCUAGCCAUGGACAAAAAAGAGGACCUACUGACAUAUAUGGAUGUACAAGAUUCCAACCCAGCCUCCCUGCAGAAGAGACUGAGGAAACAAUGGAGACCAAGCGUCAACAACUGGAAGGGAUCUACAGUCGUGAUGGCACAGCUGGUGCUGAGAGACCAGAGGUAAAGAAGCUAAUGGAUUCUACUUUCUACCUGCAGCGGUCCCACAUCAAUGUUGUACCUACACCAACCAUUGCAUCUUUAAAAACCAAGUGGCCAUACUUGUUCAGUCAGAAAGGACUGUACUCCCACUUUGAGCUUCUUACUGAUAUCCCUGUGCUGCGUAGCCUUGAACUUGCAAUGGAAGAGUGUGGCAAAGCGAUUGUGGAAAUGUUCAAGACUAAACCGACAAAUGCAAGGAUGAAGGAAGUUCUUCGCCAGCAUGAUGAUGACGUCGAGCUGUCCUAUCAGGUCAUACUUCUUCUUCUGUCUCACUUUUCCGAAGAUGUCUCAGGACUCAUUGUUCGUGCAGAUGGAUAUGCCACUGCAGCUGACCUUGAGAGUUCACUCUCUGUUCCUGCAACUCCUCGUCUGAUACUUCUUGGAGAAACGGGAAGCCGUUUCCAGCGCUGGAUGCUCAGCCUUGAAGGCCAAAUAGUUUGUGAAGGGAUCCAGUCCACAUUUGUGACAGGGCUGGCAUCUUUCUUUUCCUGUUUUUAUAUCUUUAACCUACAGUACCAAGAGGAGGCAGCCUGCACACUUGAAUUCAUCCAGAGACGCUUUGUGGGAAUAAAUCCAGAGAAAGGGACAAAGGCUGCAAAGGGGAAAAAAAGAAGAACCGUCAAUUCACACGUCGCCAGCCUCUUGCGCAAGCUCAUGGACUUCCAGUGGGAUUUCAUUUGAAAAUGACCCAAGACGUUGCAAAGGAUCCUCAUUGUGUGCUUUGUCAUUGUUUAGACAACUAACAAUUUCCGCUGUGUUUUUGUUUACUUGGUUUAUUUUUCUUUAUUGAUGAUGCGUUCCAUUAAGUGAUAAGUAUUGGUUUGAAUGUAUUUUUAUACAUGUUGAAUUUUAGUGGUUUAGAUAACACUAAGUGUUGAGGUUCAGCAUUUUGUUAUAAUGAACAAUGUAUUUGGGUUUUAAAAUGUAUUUGCUACUUUUAAAUUCAUGAACAUAAGAAAAUGAGUUUUGUUUGUGAUUAAUAUGUAACAUUUUAAUGUGACCAGGAGUCUGGUUUAAGUCUUUUUAGUUUAAUUUUAGCAGUUCAGGGAACAUUAAAUGUUGAGGUUUAGGCCCCUAUCUUGCAUCAAUACAUGUAAGUGUCUUUGCUAGUUUAAGACACGGUUGUUAUUUUACAUCCUGUGACCACAGAUAUCAGCAAUGAACCUGAUAGACAAUAAAUUUCUGUGAUUGGUCUGAUCCAUGUGUGUCUACAUGUGUAAGUAUUUACCUUCUUAGUGUUUGUAUGACAAU